CAAAAUGAAUUUGGAUGUUGUGACUCCCAUGGUUAUUUGGACCUGUAUCUUGGCCGGCUUCUGUGAAGGUUUCCGCAUUCCGGCCUUUCUCCGAAGGACAAUAUUACAAACGGCCAAUUCGGCGCCGAUGGCUGUCAUCGGAAAGGACGACACAGCUGGGCUAAAAGCAGACGAUUUCCUGAUCAUGCCUCAGAUGAUGAUGACAAUGAGUCAGAUUACGAAAAAACUUCCCAUUGAAUAUCGACCCGUACCUCUGGUCGUUGGUACCAAACAAGAAAUUGACCAACUUCGAGAUGAGCUGCAACUUCCGGUGAACUAUCCGAAGAAUACAGAUCCGAAAAUGCCCGAGGAACAAAUCGUAUCAAUGCCCCUGACGUUAGGCCAGAUUAGCCCGAUCCGAGCACCCGUGGCUGCCAAUCGAGACGUAGGCAAAGCACCGCUAAUGUCGUCUAAGGCCCACCCCGUUUCAUCAAACCGUUCCAGCAAAGUCAGCUUAGAUGAACUGCUGCCUUUGUUACGGACUCACCCAAUCCCAACGCUGGUUCAUGACGAACCGGGGCUCAUUCUCAACAUUAUGCGGAUACUAGCCGGACCCAAACCAGACGGAACAGUUGCGCUGAAUGAACCAAUCGACAAAGAAAUUCUACCUACGCACAUGCAAAACCUUUUACGUCUGGCCGUCCGCAAUCCGCAGCUUGCGCGAACCCUAGCUAAAUUUGAUCCCCAGUUCAUUCCCAACCUUGUCAGUGCUAUCUUGGGGAUCGAUAGUACGGACGACAGCGAAAAUAAGCAGACAGAGGACGAAAAAAUUGAGGACAAUGACUCACAAGCGAGAUGAAGUACAGGACGUCGUUAAUGGGGCAAGUGGUAACAGUUGUAAUACGGAAAACUAGUGACGCUCGACAGAUGGCUUCGGAUAACCUAUGGUUUGGCAUCUGGUUAAUCACUAUUUGGUUUCAGAAAUUUAAGCAUACAAAAACGAUCCUAGAAGGAACCCUAAUUUGGGCAUUAAUGAAACAGAUUAAUACCGAUUCUCACAAAACGUCCUAAGCAGGUUAU